AUGCUGACAUUUGGCAGAGAUGGCAGCAGUGAGCGAUGGUCACAACAGAUAGAUGGCUCCCAGGACUUGUCAUCACAGAUCUAUGGCUCCCAAGACUCGCAGAGACUUACAGUACCACCCUGCCGACCCCCACCACCCUUGGGGUCAAGUCAGAGCAGUGGCAGUGGAUAUGCAGUGUUGGGUACAACAGCAGCAGCAGGCGGUGGUGGUCGGGGAGUGUCUCAGGGACCCAUCACUCCCAGACAAGACCUACAGGACCUCAGUUUGGCAAGGGACAUCAGGUUUGGCCUGCACACUAUACUGUCUGUGAUGCGUGACUUGCCAGAGCAACUGAAGGAGGUGUCGAGCGAGGUGGUCCGGGCAUCCCAGGAACCUGAUGUAACCCGAAAGCUCAUCAAGGAUACCUUCGACAGUCUCCAGUUCUUGGUGUCUGGCCUUGAGAAAAAACUCUCCCAGCUCAUACACAUUAAGGAAAAUGAAGAAGCUCUGAAGCAGUCCUUAGCACAGAGGGAGGAUCGAAUAACCCAACUGGUGAAUAAGGUUGAGGAGCUGAGCAGCGGUGACAGGCAGGAACAGCAUGACAAACUGGAUGCUCAUUUCAGCAGUACUAGGAAGGACAUCCGCCGUGAGAUGAAAAAGAUACGAGAUGUAGUGGGUACAAUUAAUAGUGUGGAGCCAGCGGUAACAAGCUUGCAGUCACACAUCACAAAGGUGGAAGAGACACUGACAGCCAAGAUGAAAGAACUCCAGACCUCUCUCACCCACCACACAUCCCCCUUACACCCUCGUCUGGAUGACUUCUUGACCUCCACCCAGCAAACCUCUGACCAGGUACAGCUGUCCAUCCACAACAUGGUGGAGAAGAUGACUACACUACCCAAAGAUGUUGGUACCCAGGUGUGUCAGAUGAUGCGUGCGAUGGUACACAGUGGUUCCUUAACAGCAGCAACUGGUGCUACCACGGCUAACAGUUUGUUCAGUCCCAGUUAUGGAGCCUAUUCUGCGCACCGACCCAUCUUCCCCCUGGCUGAGAGUAAUUACCGUAACCAAGUGUCUCCAGUGGCACAUGUGUCACCCAUAGCCCAGGUGUCAUCCCAUGUCAGCAUGGCCCCACCCGCCACCCAUCCCACUAACACCCACAAUUCUCACCGUAAGCUAGAUAGGAAUACUCGCCCCACCCCUCAACCUCGACUCUCUGCUCCAGCACGUCUAGACCAAAAUAGAACACCAAGGCCCAAACCAAAUACAACACUUCAACCCAACCCAAGUAUGCCUUCACAUCAAUAUGGUGGGGAUACACUACAGAUCAUAUCACAUCCUCCACAUUGUGACCAAAUGGCAACACCUCAACCCAGACUAACCAUAGGUGGGAGUGAUGCCCUGAGACAAACAGCCCGGGAAACUGCAACAGCCAAGAAACACAAGGAUAUGAUGAUGCUUCAGUCCAGUGAGAACAUUGAAGAGAAUGUUAUUUGUUCUGAAAAGAUUGUUGAAUGUGAGGAGGAUCAUGCUGGAGGAAAAGAAGAGGACCCAAAGGGUUUGUGUCAUGCUCCCCCAAAAUUAAUACGGAAUGGGACACAACACUUUACACCCCAAAAGGCCUACACGCUGAUAAAACUUAAUUCUAAAUGCCAGGAAACCUUGGUGCUGGACUGUGACAGUAGCACCAGCUCUGAUGGUUCGCCAGUGUUAGUAUCCAGGAAGACACCUAGACUCUCUGCUCUUACCACUGCAUCUUCCACAUAUGAUUGGGUGGAAGGCAGCCAAGAGUGUGAAGAAGUACCUAAGAUGAAACAAGAAAAGAACCGGUUACCUACUUCCUGCCACAACCACCAGCAAGCAUCAGUCACUGUUGAGAAGGAAAUAGUUGCCUCUAAUGUAAGGAAGACAAACACCAUUGAAACACCUUUGAGGGGUGAGGUAGUAAGGGGCAGUGGAGCUGUGGUACAUUUAGUGAAUGGGGAUGACACUGGUGAGAUUAUGCAUAUGGAAAGCACAUUUGCUACUUCUCACCGACCAGUAGUUAAUGAGGAAUUGCAGCCUCUCUCUUUUUUCACUCCUGUAAGACCAGUGUCUGUGAAUAAACGGAAGUCCUUUGAAUCUAUUCCUCGAUCACAGUCUGGUACUGGGCAUGUAACGCCACUUAUUCCUUCAGCAUUAAGAAAAAGCCGUGCUCGUCGCUACCUCACACCUUAUACUAAUGCCAAACUCGAACUAAUGAUUCUGAGUAGCAACAAAAAAGUGUAAGAGAGACACCUUAUAUGAGUUUAAAAUGGGUCUUGUGUGUUGUUGAUGCAAUCUGUACAUACUUAAAAUUGAUUAGUGUUUGAUUAUAGGCUAAGGAUGUGUGUUAUUAUUUGUCUGUUUGUAUUGUACUAACCAAGGUUUGUACAGAAUAGAAGAUUUCACGAUAUAUUUUUAUUAAAAAAUUUCUGUAUGUUAAAAUUUUUGGUGCAUUUGAUUUUUAUUGGGAUUCACCUUCUUGGGUGUUAAAAGAGGUGACUUACCAGGGAUGAAGAUAUGUAGAUGCAUCUUCUCCAAUAAUUGGAAACAGAGUUUAACAAAUUGCUCUAUGUGUCAUAACUUUAGAGUACAAAUAAUGUACUGGUUGUAACUGUGGUAAUUAAAAAUUAUAAUCAUAUAAGGGCAUUAUCUUCAGUCAAUGGCUAGCUCAGGGGUGGAGGUAGAUAACCAUGACCCCUUUCACAAUUUCAAAUAAACACGGAAGAUAAAAAAAAUGUAAUUUUCCAUUUGUAAAACCAAUAUUUAAAUGCCUUUAGUGAGCACAUUUAGUGUAAGCCAUGGCAUGAGAAGACAUACAGUACACUACAACAUUUUAGUAAUUCUCAAAUUAUGAAUUACAACAGAAUUUAUUGAAAUGAAAAUAAUUAGUUUGGUUCCAGAAGCCAACAAAUACUCAUAAACUGUUCCAAAACUGCUUUAUUAAACACUAAACUCUGUACAUAGUAAUAUCUUCAUUAGCCGGAAUCUCUCUAAAUAACCAGAACUCUCUGAUUGCCAGAAUUAAAAUUUACUGAGGGACACAUUUUCUGGAAAAUUGCUAUAAGAUUUUCCCAGUACUGUACCUGGAAAAUUCCAGGGAUGAGGGAGUUCUUUCUAGGUUUGAGAGAUGAAAA